AUGCGUUCUGGGUGGGUUUCCUGGAUGGUGGUUCUGCAAGUGAGUGUAAUCAGGCUGGAUUCCUCCAUGACUCAAGGCAGAGACUCUCCAGAAGAUUUUGUGAUUCAGGCAAAGGCUGACUGUUACUUCACCAAUGGGACAGAGAAGGUGCAGUUUGUGGUGAGAUUCAUUUUUAACUUGGAAGAGUAUGCACGUUUCGACAGCGAUGUGGGAAUGUUUGUGGCAUUGACAGAGCUGGGGAAGCCUGAUGCUGAGCUGUGGAACAAUCGGCCGGAUAUAUUGGAGAGGAGUAAAGCUUCUGUGGAUGCACUCUGCAGACAUAACUACAAGCUGGGUGCACCCUUCACUGUGGGGAGAAAAGUGCAACCAGAGGUGGCGGUGUAUCCAGAGAGGACCCCAUCCCUGCAACACCACAAUCUGCUGCUUUGCUCUGUGACAGGUUUCUAUCCAGGGGACAUCAAGAUCACAUGGUUCCGGAAUGGGCAGCAGGAGAGAGUAGGGGUCAUGUCCACUGGCCUUAUCAGGAAUGGAGACUGGACCUUUCAGACAAUGGUGAUGCUGGAAAUGACUCCUGAACUUGGAGAUGUCUACACCUGCCUUGUUAAUCAUCCCAGCCUGCUGAGCCCUAUUUCUGUGGAGUGGAGAGUUCAGUCUGCAUAUUCUUGGAGAAAGAUGCUAAGUGGAAUUGCAGCCUUCCUGCUUGGGCUGAUCUUCCUUCUGGUGGGGACUGUCAUCUGCCUCAGGGCUCAGAAAGGGUAUGUGGAGACGCAGUUGUCUGGUGAUGAGGUCUCAAGAGCAGUUCCCUCACCAUAGCCACACUAAGGUCCCAAUCAGAGCUUCUUGCCCUGGAGGCUGAAAUAGUACCGAAUGACUUGAGUCCAAAUGACUAAGUAAAGGACUCUCAUGAGGUCCAUGUUCUGGAGCUACUUCCAUGAGUCCUUGGAGGAGUCCUGACUUGAUUCUAGAGUUCUGUUUUCUGAGAUCAUCUCUCAUUCAUCUGCCCUUCUUCCUCCUCCUUGCCUGUGCCAUUAGUCCCCAUUUCCAAGGAUAGUGUGCAGAAAUUCCCACCAAAGCUGACUCCCACCAGCCCCAACCUGCAUACCUCCUAUGGUCCAGCCCUAACCUUGUGAGUUAUCCUCAUGUCUUCCUGUUUCCAACUGCACUCUCCACUGUCUCCAGAAGACAAAUGUCAGAGGCACUGUUUCCUUUUCACCGUUUUUUAUGACCUUUUUUAUUGUAAAAUAAAACUGAGGAACAGAUAACCAUACAAAA